GCCCGGCAGGGUGGCUCUGCCCUUGGCGCCCGGAGAAGCUGUGCCCGGGGAGGGCGGUAUCUGCGUGGGGGUCCCUGGGUGUCUCCCCAGGGCAAAUGUCGCUAGCUCGUGGGGCUGGCACCGAGCCGGCUCGCCCUGCAGGCAGCGCCGCUUCCCCUGGGAAGCUCCGCGCAGGUGCCAGCUUCCCGGAGAGCCCCCGGCCCGCCUCUCCCAGCUGAGCGCGCGGAGGCCCGCAGCGUCCCCAUGACUUUGCUCAAGGUCCUGCCACAAGUGGGGCCGCGGCGCGAUUUCCCCCGAGACUCCUGGGGCGGGCGCCUGAGGGGGCCCCAAGGGCUCCCGCUGCAGAGAGAAGAUGUCCGACCCACAAGAGCAGCAGCGGCAGUUUGGAAUCAUGUCCGAAAUCCCUGGUGAGGUCAGGGGCCUAGCCAGAACUAGGUGCCCGUUGUGCACAGAGCUCUUCUUGGCCCCCAAAAUCCUGCCCUGCCUACACACGUUUUGCAUGGCCUGUCUUGAGCAGCUGGAACCCUUUUCAGUGCUCGGCUUCCAGGCGGAGGAUUCAGACUCUACCUCAGAUGGGUCGUGGCUCCAGGAUCAUCAUCAACCACUGCUCAGCGUCCUUUGUCCUGUCUGUGACACAGAGGUGGAUUUGCCACCAGGCGGCAUUAAUGACUUGACCACUGACCACCUGGCCAUGAAUGAGGUGUUACUGGAGACCCUGCAGGCGCAAGGCCCAGGAAUGCUGUGUGACCUCUGUGUGGAUGGGGAAGCCGUGAAGCACUGUCCCACCUGCAAAGCCAAUCUCUGCCACUUCUGCUACCAGGCUCACAGGAGACAGAAGAAAACAGCUUCCCAUGCUGUGGUGGAUCUAGAGGACCUGAAGGGCUACAGCCGGACUGAGAAGUCCAUUCUAUGUCCUUCCCACCCUUCAGAAGACCUGACACUGUUCUGUGAGCAGUGUGAGCAGCCUGUGUGCCGGGAUUGUGUGGUGGGCGAGCACCGGCAUCAUCCAUAUGCCUUUACUGCCACUGUCAUCCACAAACACGGAGAUUCCAUGCGGGACCUCCUCAAGAGCACCCAGCUGCACGUGGACACCCUAGAAGGGGCCCUACGCCAUAUUGAAGGAGUCAGCAAUGCCAUCUGCAGUCAUGUGGAGGCAGUGGCUGGGGAGAUCCGCACAUUUGCAGACGGAUACAUAAGGGCUAUUGAAGAACACCGGGACCGGCUGCUGAAGCAGCUGGAAGACUUGAAGGUGCAAAAGGAGACCCUGUUGCACUUACAGAAGGCACAGCUGGAGCAGCUGCUGAUGGACAUGAGGACUGGGGUGGAGUUCACUGAGCGCCUGCUGACCAGUGGCUCAGACUUGGAGAUCCUUAUCACCAAGGGGGUGGUGGCAAACCGGCUGAGAAAGCUGAAUAACGUGGAUUAUAGCAUCCACCCUGGAGUGGAAGAUGGGAUCCAGUUCUCUCCCCAUGAGAAGGCUGGCCAGUGCUGUGGCUAUGAGGUUUUUGGGACCAUUCUCAAUAAGGCAGUUGAUCCAGCCAAAUGUGUCCUGCAAGGGGAAGAUCUCCACAGUGCCCGUCAGAAGCAGCUGGCCAGCUUUACUUUGCUGUGUAAUGAUGCAUCGGGAGAGCAGAUGGGGAAAGGAGGAGAGCCCAUCCGGGUCAUGAUCAUCCACAAAGACAAGAAGGACUGUAUAAUCAAGCCCAGCGUGUGUGAUAAGAGGGAUGGGACUUACCACAUUUCCUACAUCCCUGAGGAGCUGGGCACAUACACUGUCUGCAUCUGUGUCAAAGGGCAGCAUGUACAGGAAUUAUUCCGUCGGUACCCCACCUGCAUGCCCUGUUCUUCCCAGUGGAACUGAGGAACUUGACUCAUCCCUUGCACCAGCUUUUUUCCCAAUUCCCACAGCACCUAGUUAAAAUCAUUCCCCCACCUGCUGGUCUCUCCCAAUAAAGGAUCCUCCUGCAGCCUCCUGGAAAGCACUCCAAUCCUGGCCCUUCCAACUUUGCUGCAGCCUGCUUUGGCCUCUCUCAAAACUCCCAUGAUACCCAAGCUCCCCGCUGAUCUAUUGCACCUCCCCGCUGCUGAUUCCCUGGUCUGCCUCCUGCUGCCCACUCAGCCCUGGCUGAUUCCCUUUCUAAUUAUCUACCCAUUAUCACUGCCAAGUUUUUAAUUGCCUUUUGUGAGGGAUUUUGUCAAAGGGAUUUUGAAAGCCCAAACAAACGAUCAUCAGUUCUCCUUUAUCUGCUAUUUUGGCUUGCUCAAAAAAAUCUAGUAGAUUGCAGAAGCUGGGUUUUCGUUUGUGGAAGUCAUGCUGGUUUUUCCCUUUCACAUUUUGUUCCUCUGGCACAGUGGUUCUCAUAUUUUUUUUUCGCGGACCGCUUGAAAAUUGCUGAGGGUCUCAGCGGACCACUUAAUGAUCUUUCCAAAUGUUGUUUGUACCAUUAGCUAACUAUUGUAAAGC